GCCGUGGCCGAGGCCAUGUUCCCCGUGUUCCCUUGCACGCCUGCCCCCCCCUUCCCCGUGCUGGGCCUGGACUCCCGGGGGGUGGGCGGCCUCAUGAACUCCUUCCCGCCACCUCAGGGUCACGCCCAGAACCCCCUGCAGGUCGGGGCUGAGCUCCAGUCCCGCUUCUUUGCCUCCCAGGGCUGCGCCCAGAGUCCAUUCCAGGCCGCGCCGGCGCCCCCACCCACGCCCCAGGCCCCGGCGGCCGAGCCCCUCCAGGUGGACUUGCUCCCGGUUCUUGCCGCCGCCCAGGAGUCCGCCGCCGCCGCAGCCGCGGCCGCCGCCGCUGCUGCCGCCGCCGCCGUUGCUGCUGCGCCCCCGGCCCCGGCCACCGCCUCCACUGUGGACACAGCGGCUCUGAAGCAGCCCCCGGCGCCCCCUCCGCCGCCCCCUCCGGUGUCGGCGCCCGCCGCUGAGGCCGCGCCCCCUGUCUCUGCCGCCACCAUCGCCGCAGCCGCGGCCACCGCCGUCGUUGCCCCAACCUCGACGGUCGCCGUGGCCCCGGUCGCAUCUGCCUUGGAGAAGAAGACAAAGAGCAAGGGGCCCUACAUCUGUGCCCUGUGCGCCAAGGAGUUCAAGAACGGCUACAACCUCCGAAGGCACGAGGCCAUCCACACGGGAGCCAAAGCCGGCCGGGUCCCUUCGGGUGCUAUGAAGAUGCCCACCAUGGUGCCCCUGAGCCUCCUGAGCGUGCCCCAGCUGAGCGGAGCCGGCGGGGGAGGGGGAGAAGCGGGUGCCGGCGGCGGAGCGGCCGCAGUGGCCGCCGGUGGCGUGGUGACCACGACCGCCUCGGGAAAGCGCAUCCGGAAGAACCACGCCUGCGAGAUGUGCGGCAAGGCUUUCCGCGACGUCUACCACCUGAACCGACACAAGCUGUCGCACUCGGACGAGAAGCCCUACCAGUGCCCGGUGUGCCAGCAGCGCUUCAAGCGCAAGGACCGCAUGAGCUACCACGUGCGCUCACAUGACGGCGCUGUGCACAAGCCCUACAACUGCUCCCACUGUGGCAAGAGCUUCUCCCGGCCGGAUCACCUCAACAGUCACGUCAGACAAGUGCACUCAACAGAACGGCCCUUCAAAUGUGAGAAAUGUGAGGCAGCUUUUGCUACGAAGGAUCGGCUGCGGGCCCACACAGUACGACACGAGGAGAAGGUGCCAUGUCAUGUGUGUGGCAAGAUGUUGAGCUCGGCUUAUAUUUCGGACCACAUGAAGGUGCACAGCCAGGGCCCUCACGAAAAUUAA